AUGCCAUUUGGUCAAGUUGUUAUUGGGCCUCCGGGUUCUGGAAAAUCUACCUAUUGUAACGGAUGUGUGCAGUUUUUCAAUGCCAUUGGUAGACAUGCGCAGAUUGUUAACAUGGAUCCAGCCAAUGACCUUUUACCAUAUCCGUGUGCCGUUGAUAUUCGAGACUUCAUUACCCUUGAAGAGAUUAUGAUGGAGCAGAACCUUGGUCCUAAUGGUGGUUUGAUGUUUGCGUUGGAGUCACUCGACAAGUCUAUAGAUCUUUUCAUUCUUCAAGUGAAAUCGCUAGCCCAAGAUGAGCAUGCAUAUGUUGUAUUCGACUGUCCGGGACAGGUGGAGCUAUUUACUCACCACUCAUCUCUCUUUCGUAUUUUUAAGAGGCUAGAGAAAGAGCUUGAUAUGCGCCUCUGCGUUGUGAAUCUAAUUGACAGUAUUUACAUCACAUCACCUUCCCAAUAUGUGUCUAUUCUUUUGCUCGCUUUAAGGUCUAUGUUAAUGAUGGAUUUACCACACAUAAAUGUUUUUUCAAAGAUCGACAAGCUAAAGAGUUACGGGGAGUUACCUUUUAGACUCGACUAUUACACAGAAGUUCAGGAACUGGACUAUUUGAAACCAUUCGUUGAAAAGGAAGGCUCCAGUGUCCUUGGCAAAAAAUACAGUAAACUGACGGAAACUAUUGGCGAGCUCGUAAGCGAGUUCAACCUCGUCUCGUUUGAAGUACUUUCGGUUGACGAUAAACAGAGUAUGAUCUCUCUUCAAAGUGUCAUUGAUAAGGCCAACGGUUAUAUAUUCGGUGCGUCAGAAAUAGGUGGCGACACCGUAUGGGCUGAAGCCUCGAGGCAAGGAACUGCUAUGGAAAAUUAUGACAUACAGGAGCGGUGGAUUGAUAACAAGGAGAUGUACGAUAAAGAGGAACAAGAGAAAAGGGACUUAUUACUCAAGGAACAAGAACUUCAAGAAAAAGAAGUUGAUGUUGAUCAAGAUGACGAAUGGGAGGCUGCAUUGAAAGAAUGGGAGGAGAAGCAAGGCGUUGAUUACGUAAAAUGA